CGAUGGGAAAAUAGUCAAGGCUAUGAAUAUGAAGAGUCCCGUUCUCUUAAAAUGUGUUGAACAGAAAAUAUUUUUAUAACAUGGGAGAUCGGGGUUUUAUUACCAAGGUGUCCAUGCUUGCUCAAUUGGGAUUAACUAAUUGGCUGGAGCAGAUGAUGCAUUUUUAUGGCUUAAAUUUGUAGUGGGGGAGAUCCUCGGCAAAAGAGUGAUGUUUAGAAAUGCAAAUAGUGGGUGAUCGAUUGAGAGGAACCAAUCCCCAUCAAAGCCAACGAGGGGAAGUGGGGACACCGAAAGCGACCUCCAAUCUCUUUGCUUUGCAUGGAUGCCCUGCCCAUGUAUCUAGUGCUGUCUCUUUAUCUUCUUCUCAUCACAUAUAUUAUAUCACUCUCUGAACGCAUUACCAUUGCAAAGUGCAAAAGUGCAAACCGCACUGAACUCAAUUAAAUGCUUAAUGGAAUAAUUAAUUGAAAGAAAAACAAUUCAUCUUCUCUAAAUAAACAUUAUAUUUCUUUAAUAUUCUUUUUGCCAAGCUAAACUCAUUUGCUCAUUACGGUUGUCUCUCUAUUUCUUAUUUGGUUGCCUUGUUCAACACUUUUGGCCAAUGACUUUCCGUCACAAUUCGAAUCUUUUGGCUUAAAGACAUACUGAUAAUUGAGCCAAUCAUCUUUUGCCUCCCUCUACACGCUUGCUUGCUCCCUCACUUUACCUCCUGCUGCUGCUGCUGCUACUCUCUCUCUCUCUCUUCUCAUGGACUUCCCUGAAUUCUUCUGCUAUGUUUCAAUUUUAGCUUGUUUGUUUCCAAUUAUGGUUAAUUCGAUUGGGAUAAAUUAUGGACAAAUAGCAAACAACCUUCCAUCUCCAGAAGACGCGGUGCCACUGGUGAAAUCAAUCGGAGCAACAAAAGUAAAACUUUACGAUGCAGACCCCAGAGUCCUUAAGGCUUUUGCAAACACCGACGUUGAAUUCAUGGUUGGUUUAGGCAACGAGUACUUGGACAAGAUGCGAGAUCCAACUAAUGCCCAAGCAUGGGUGAAAGAAAACGUUCAACCCCAUUUACCAGCCACCAAAAUCACCUCCAUCUUUGUCGGCAACGAGGUUCUCACUUUAAACGACACUUCUCUCUCCGACUGCCUUCUCCCGGCAAUGCAAAGCGUCCAUGCUGCGCUGCUUAACCUCGGACUGGAUAAACAGGUGACCGUCACUACAACACAUUCCCUUGCCAUUCUUCAAACCUCGUAUCCGUCUUCAGCUGGUGCGUUCCGUGAAGAUUUGAUGGAUCCUUUGUGCGAAACGUUGAAUUUCCAUCAAAAAACUGGCUCUCCUUUUUUGAUUAAUGCCUAUCCCUACUUUGCAUACAAGGGAAACCCCGAGCAAGUUCCAUUGGAUUUUGUUCUUUUUCAGCCAAACCAAGGAGUCACCGAUCCACAAACCCAUUUAGAUUACGAUAACAUGUUGUAUGCUCAAAUCGACGCCGUUUACUCUGCUUUAGCUUCCUUGGGUUACAUGAAACUCCCGGUUCACAUAUCGGAAACUGGGUGGCCUUCAAAGGGAGAUGAAGACGAGGCAGGAGCUACACCCGAAAAUGCUGAAAAAUACAAUGGGAAUUUGAUUAAGUUGAUGUCGGGAAAAACAGGGACUCCAAUGAGGCCGAAUUCGGAUCUUAACAUUUACAUUUUUGCUUUGUUUAAUGAGAAUAUGAAACCAGGUCCCACUUCAGAGAGGAAUUACGGGUUGUUUAAGCCAGACGGAACACCCGCGUAUCCUCUCGGGAUCACUCCUAACAAUGUCGUCGGGAGAAAUACGACCGUCGGUGGUGGAAGUUUCGGGAAUGCCGUAACGAACCCGUAUUAUCCGAUGAGUUCUUCCACAGGUUAUAUGUCCAUUUCUUCCACAAGGCAGCAAAGAUAUCAAUUAUUGGGGCAUGUGCUGCUGAUGGCGCCAUUGUUGAUGAUUAAAACCUUGGUUUAGAGACGAAUCCAAAGCUCUUUCUUUGCAUCAGAUUUAAAGGAAGGGGAAAAAGAAUAGAGAGAGAAUAAGAGGCAGCUUCAUGGUUAGGGAAAAGGUAAAAUUCUGAUUCUAAGGAAUCAACAACUUUGUUUUCGACUCCACAAAACCAAAGUGCACGUAGAUGAUUAUCAAAAGAGGCAAAGGCAUUUAUUUUUCUUCUAAAUUUAAACGUGAUCUUCUACUGUUGGUAUUUAUUCUAAUAAAUAUUUUGUAGGGUGAUAGGUUUGGUGAGUGAGAGGGAGGGAAAGCAUCUCAUAUAGUAGUACCUUUUUAGGUGAUUUUAAUAAUUUUUUAUUGCGACUUAUUUUUGCUAUUGGAAUUCAAACCAACCACCUGAUUUAUGUCAGUGUUCAAUUCCGUCCAAAGUUGGCGGAGUUUUUUCUGAUAAUGUAGAAUUAAAUUCAAAUAAGUUACUCUUAAUCAAAGGAAUUGAAUUGAGAGAGUUAAUUGUAUUGUAGGUCAACAUCUAUGUAUAUAUAAAUCUUACCAUUUCUUAAUGUCAAAUAAAAUAUAUAAUUGUUAUAACUAAAA